AUGCAGUGGGUUAAAGUGCUAGGGGGGAUCCUAGGGGCUACUGCCCUUUUAGGGCUGGGGAUCAUUCUGGGCCACUUUGCUAUUCCUAAAGGGGACAAUCUUCCAGCCCCCCAAGACCUGGAUCUGCAGCUCCUAGACACCGUGAUGGGGCAGCUGAGUGCCACCAGGAUCCGGGAUAACCUCAGAGAACUUUCCAAGGAGCCACAUCUGGCCACCAGCCCCCAGGAUGAGAAACUUGUACAGUUGCUACUACAGCGCUGGCGGGACCCAGAGUCGGGUCUGGAUGCAGCUGAGGCCCCCCAGUACCAAGUGCUGCUGUCUUUUCCCAAUCAGAGGCAGCCAAACCGCGUGUCUGUGGUGAAUACCGCUGGUCAAACCCUCUUCUCAUGCCGCCAGAGCGAGGAGACUCUAACCGGGGAUCAGGGGGACCCCAAUGUGGUGCCGCCCUAUGCUGCUUAUGCUCCAGCCGGAAGCCCACAGGGUCUCCUGGUCUAUGCCAACCGGGGUACGGAACAAGACUUCCAGGAACUCCAAAAUAAAGGCAUUGAUCUCUAUAACACCAUUGCCCUCACCCGCUAUGGGGGUGCUGGGCGUGGGGCCAAGGCUAUCAAUGCUGCCAAAUUCGGGGUGGCUGGGCUAUUGGUCUACACGGAUCCUGCUGACAUCAACGACGGGCGAAGCCUCCCCAAUGAGACCUACCCACACUCUUGGCACAUGCCGCCCUCCGGGGUGGAACGAGGCUCCUACUAUGAGAACUUUGGGGAUCCCCUGACUCCCUACCUUCCGGCCACUUACUCAUCUUUCCGCCUGGACCCAGACAAGGUCCCUGGAUUUCCUCCAAUUCCCACCCAGCCCAUAGGCUUCGAGGAUGCCAAAGUGCUUCUCUGUAAUCUCGAGGGAGCUGUAGCUCCUGCUGCCUGGCAGGGCGCCCUGGGCUGUGACUACAAGGUGGGGCCUGGUUUCAGGACCGGCAGUAACUUCACAGCAGAUAGCCAGGUUAACAUGACUAUUGGCAACCAACUGGAGCUGCGGAACUCCUCAAACGUCCUGGGGAUCAUUCGGGGAGCUGUGGAGCCUGAUCGCUAUGUGCUUUACGGGAACCACAGAGACAGCUGGGUACACGGGGCGGUGGACCCCAGCAGUGGCACGGCUGUCCUUCUCGAGCUCACUCGCGUCUUGGGGACCCUAUUGAAGAAAGGCACCUGGCGCCCCCGAAGAUCAAUCGUGUUUGCCAGCUGGGGGGCAGAGGAGUUUGGUCUCAUUGGUUCCACGGAGUUCACGGAGGAGGCCUUCCACAGGCUGCAGGAGCGCGCUGUGGCCUACAUCAACGUGGACAUCGCGGUGUUCGCCAACGCCACCCUGAGAGCCCAGGGGACGCCCCCCGUGCAAAAUGUCAUCUUCUCUGCAGCCCAGCAGGUCCAGGCUCCUGGCGCUGGCAGCCUCAGCGUCUAUGACAACUGGAUCCAGUAUUUCAAUCGAAGCAGCCCGGUGCAUGGCCUGAUCCCCAGCCUGGGCUCUCUGGGCGCUGGCAGUGACUACGCACCCUUCGUCCACUUCCUGGGCAUCUCCUCCAUGGACAUCGCCUAUACCUAUGACCGGAGCAAGACCUCAGCCCGGAUCUACCCCACCUACCACACAGCCUUCGACACCUUUGAUUAUGUGGACAAGUUUGUAGAUCCUGACUUUACCAGCCACCAAGCAGUGGCUCGGGUGGCAGGAAACGUGGUUCUUCGACUCAGCGACAGCCUCUUCCUGCCCCUGAAUGUCAAGGACUACAACGAGACACUCCACAGUUUCUUGCAGGCGGCCCAGGAGGGCCUGGGGGCAGUGCUGGAGCGAGAGGGAAUUAGCCUGGGGCCUCUGGUGAGCGCAGUGGAGAAGUUUGAGAAGGCUGUCGAGACGUUGAGCCGGCACCAGUCAGAGCUUCAGGAGAACCCCAACCCUCUGCAGGUCCGGAUGCUCAAUGACCAGCUGAUGCUCCUGGAACGGACCUUCCUGAACCCACGAGCAUUCCCACAGGAGCUGUACUACAGUCACGUACUCUGGGCACCUCGCAGCGGCUCAGUCCCCACCUUCCCAGGCCUGUCCAAUGCCUUCUCUCGGGCCAACAGCACUGGCGCUGGCACUGCAGAGUGGAAGGAAGUACAUCAGCAGCUUAGCAUUGUGGUGGCCGCCCUGGAGGGUGCAGCAGCUACUCUCAAACCAGUGGCUGACCUCUGA